AUGGCUAAUAGCAUCGAUGCUGUGUACAUGGUUGAAGCCAGCCGCGAACUUAGAAACGCCCAGAAGCAACUCCUUUGUGGCCCGGAUGCGCCAUCAUCAGAGUCAAAGUCUGGUUUUCAUAGCCCCAGCAAGUACAACGGCAAGCAGAUUGUCUGGACUGACACAAUCAAGUCUAUUCCAAAUGAAGCUGACAAAAUGCCCUUCAUAAUCGCUCACGAGUUCUUUGAUGCUCUCCCUAUUCACAGCUUCCAAUCCGCUUCAGCUCCUCCUCCCCAGCCAAAGGCAUCUUCACCGACUUCGCCUGCUCAACCACCACCCGAGAACACCAAACCCGCUAUGGAAUGGCGAGAAAUGAUGGUCUCGCCAACACCGCCGGGCGUCACUCACGCUCAACUUGGAACACCGAAAUCACAGCAAGAUGAGCCGCCUCCUGAGUUCCAGCUUACACUUUCAUCCACGCCUACUCGCCACUCUCGUUUUCUCCCUGAGACCUCAACAAGGUACCGCAAGCUCAAGAAUAUGCCCAAUUCCGUCAUCGAAGUCUGCCCAGAUGCGUCCAUCUUCGCUACAGACUUUGCAACUCGUAUCGGCGGUUCUGAACAGUAUCGCAAGACUAAGCCCAGCGGUGCUGCCCUUAUUCUUGAUUACGGAACGUCAGACACCGUCCCUAUCAACUCCCUUCGCGGCAUCCGACACCACAAGCGAGUGAAUCCCUUUUCUGCGCCUGGUCUGGUCGACUUGAGUGCAGAUGUCGAUUUCACUGCCAUCGCUGAAGUGGCCAUGUCAGCGAGUGAAGGCGUGGAAGUCCAUGGACCCGUCAAUCAGGGUGACUUCCUUGAGUUGAUGGGCAUCCGAGAGCGUGCUGAACAAUUGACCAAGGCGCCGGGCGUCGACAAAGAGACUGCUGAUAAGAUCGACGGAGCCUGGAAGCGCCUUGUUGAUAAGGGCCCUGACGGCAUGGGGAAACUGUAUAAGGCAUUGGCUAUCCUGCCUGAGAAUGACGGUCGAAGACGACCAGUUGGGUUUGGGGGUGACGUCUUGGGUUAAUAACAGACAUUGCCCGGCCGCUGUACUGCAUCACGAUGCUUUAGGAGAGGCAAAUCUGAAACGAUAUUGUAACAGUAUGUAAAUUGAUCAAACCAUUGUAUCCUUAUACGACAACUAUGAUCUUUCCAAAACCAAAAGCCCAUAUACUACACGCAUCACUACCCACGCAAGGAAACGUUGCUUAAUCG